GGGGCAUCGGGGGCGGCCAUGGGCUCCCCGGAGGACGCGGGCAAGGCGCCGGCGUACCGAGUGGACCACCUGCUGAGCGCGGUGGAGAGCGAGCUGCAGGCGGGCAGCGAGAAGGGAGACCCGACGGAGCGCGAGCUGCGCGUGGCGCUGGAGGACGGCGAGCUGUGGCUGCGCUUCAAGGAGCUCACCAACGAGAUGAUCGUCACCAAGAACGGCAGGAGGAUGUUCCCGGUGCUGAAGGUGAGCGUGUCGGGGCUGGAUCCCAACGCCAUGUACUCCUUCCUGCUGGACUUCGUGGCGGCCGACGGGCACCGCUGGAAGUACGUGAAUGGCGAGUGGGUGCCUGGCGGCAAGCCGGAGCCACAGGCGCCCAGCUGCGUCUACAUCCACCCUGACUCGCCCAACUUUGGUGCCCACUGGAUGAAGGCGCCCGUCUCCUUCAGCAAGGUCAAGCUCACCAACAAGCUCAACGGCGGGGGGCAGAUCAUGCUGAACUCCCUGCACAAAUAUGAGCCCCGCAUCCACAUCGUGCGGGUGGGCGGCCCGCAGCGGAUGAUCACCAGCCAUUCCUUCCCUGAGACCCAGUUCAUCGCUGUGACGGCGUACCAGAACGAGGAGAUCACAGCUUUAAAAAUUAAAUACAAUCCAUUUGCGAAGGCAUUUCUUGAUGCAAAAGAAAGAAAUGAUCACAAGGACAUGAUGGAGGAAGUGGGAGACAACCAGCAGUCUGGAUACUCGCAGUUAGGUAGUUGGCUUAUUCCUGGGACUGGGGCUCUGUGCCCACCUGCCAAUCCUCAUCCUCAGUUUGGAGCACCCCUGUCUCUCUCCCCUGCUCACAGCUGUGAAAGGUACUCACCGCUGAGGAAUCACCGUUCUGCCCCCUACCCCAAUCCCUACACCCAUAGAAACAACUCACCAACAGCUUAUGCUGAUAACUCCUCUGCCUGCCUUCCCAUGCUCCAGUCCCAUGACAACUGGUCCUCUCUGGGAGUUCCCACACACACAACGAUGCUGCCCAUGAGCCACAGCACCGGCACUGCUACCAGCUCCAGUCAGUACCCCAACUUAUGGUCUGUGAGUAACAGCACCAUCACCCCGGCAUCUCAGUCAAGCGGGAUGUCCAACGGCCUGAGCUCCCAGUUCCUGCGUGGCUCUCCGGUGCACUACACCGCUCUCCCACAUUCGGUCGCUGCCACCACCUCCACAUCCCCACUGUACGAUGGAGGAGCACCUGCAGACGUUCCUGACAGCCAGUACGAUGCCUCCGCACACAGUCGGCUGGCAUCCAUGUGGACGCCCAUCACCCCACCUUCCAUGUAAACCCAGACGUCUACUUUAGAACAGACUUUUUUAGCUACUGAAUUACUUUCAAUGUUUAAUCCUCAAGGAAGAGGAAAAGGAGACACGAAGGAAAUUGUAGAUAAAGCAUCUGCAGUGCUUUGCGUAGAGCAUCCAAGUUGUGUCUCUGAUAGUGAACAGACCAUCAUUAACUUCAUGCAGAGUUUACAAAUCUGGUGAGCGUGCAAUUCUGAGAGCAGGUUUACUGCUUUUCAUUUUUUUUUUUUCUUUUCUAGCUUGCUAGGUCUAAUUUUUAAGAUUUUGACUUAGAUUCCAAAUUUCUCAGUGUUCUGAUAUAUUUGGACCUGAAGUUUGGCAUCUGGACAACUUUCUCGAGUAAGUUACUCCUUAUUAUUUUUCUUUUUUUUUCUUCUUAAUGGCAAACCUAGGAAUAGCCAUAUUAGACUGUUAUUAACCACCUAGGUAGAAGCAUUCUGAAUUCUGCACAAGUGUAGCUGAGGAUGAAAGUUUUUGGAAAAUCAUGUGCACUAAUGCGUAUUUGUCUCACGGAUACGUUGUGUUCUUAAGUGUAUGCUUGUUUCCUUGCUGCUGAAUUAAUGUUGAGACAAUCUGCAAAAACUGUUUUCCUCCUAAUAAAUUACAGUAUUGUCAUUUGGUCUAAAUUGUUUUACCCCAAAGAUUCCUUUUCAGGGUAAGUUUUGCUGUUUGAUCAUAUUCAGACACCUGAACAUCUUUGCUAAACAGCUUUGCUAAUCAUCUUUAUUUCAAAAAGCCAGUGUCUAAUGUGAAGUCCUAUCCAAAACCAUUUCAAUUCAUUGAAAAACAUCACAGUCUUUUAUGAUCUCUUGCUCAGGCCUUAAAGGGAGGGAAUUCAAUACCGGGAGAAUCAUUCUAAUAUAUAUUUUUUUCAAUGUUAUACUCUGUUGAAUUGUAUUUAUUAUUUCUUAAGUUGCAUCUUCGUUGUCUACACAUUAAGAUAUGUAAAUAAUC